CCCGCCGCUCCCAGCGCCACUGGGCCGAGUUCGCCCUGCCCGGGGCCGCCGGCUGCUUCCGCUGCCGGUACCGGAGCCACAACGGCAGCGCCUGGCUGGAGUCGGAGCUGAGCCCCGGCACCGGCGGCUCCGAUUUGGGCGAUGCCGAGUGUCAGCCGAGCACGGGCACCGGCACCACCGCGGCACCCGCAGCCACGGCCGGGACCCCGCGGAACGGCACCGGGACCCCGCGGAACGGCACCGGGACCCCGCGGAACGGCACCGAUCCUCCCUGGGUCCUCCCGGUCUCGGUCGGUGUCGCCUUCCCGGGGCUGCUGCUGCUGCUGGGGGCUGCGACCGCGGCCGGGCGAGGCGUCCGGCGGCGGCGCGCACAGAGCCCCACGGUGCCGGCCCCGAGCUUCCCCUUGGCCCCCGCGCCGACGCCGCCGUGCCCGUGAGGGGUCCCGGGAGUCCCGGUGAGGACACGGAGCCGGGAGCGCGUCCUGGUGUCCCCACGGAUCGAGGCUGGCCCUGGAUCCGGUCACCGGGAGCCCUCCGGGAGGAACCCCCGCCCCCUCCGGUGCUGCCGGGGCUCCCCCGGACUCUCGGCUGCCAAUAAAGGUGUUCGUCUCCAGCGCUGCCGCAUUCCCGGUGUCCCAUUCCCAUUCCCGUUCCCAUUCCCGUUCCCGGUGUCCCGUUCCCAUUCCCGUUCCCGGUGUCCCGUUCCCGUUCCC